CUUAUUAUUAUUUUAUAAAUGAUUUAAUUAUUUUUUAAUUUUGGUAAUGGAAUUUUAUAUUUAAUUUUAAAAAUUUUCAUUACCAAAUUCGUAAUAUUGGUUCUACUUUUUAUUAUCAAUUCUUUACAAUUUCCCCCUAAUUUUCAAUUAUAAAUUUUAAUUUAAAUAUAUAAAGAUGUCGAUAUAUCAGAAGAUUGCCGAUAUUGAGGCUGAGAUGGCCAGGACUCAGAAGAACAAGGCCACCAACUUUCACCUGGGUUUACUCAAAGCUAAACUCUCCAAACUCAGAGCACAACUCAUUGAAGGCGGAGGAAGUAAAGGUGGCGGAGCUGGUGAGGGGUUUGAUGUAUCUAAGACUGGUGAUGCUAGGGUUGGUUUAGUUGGGUUUCCUUCAGUUGGGAAAUCAACUUUACUAAACAAGUUAACUGGCACCUUUUCUGAAGUUGCUGACUAUGAAUUCACAACUCUUACCUGCGUUCCCGGUGUAAUAAAGUACAAAGGUUCUAAGAUCCAGUUACUUGACCUUCCUGGUAUUAUUGAGGGUGCUAAGGAUGGAAAGGGUAGAGGCAAACAAGUCAUAGCAGUUGCCAGGACUUGUACACUUAUUUUAGUCGUUCUAGACGCAGCUAAAUCAAUGCAUCAUAAGAAAUUACUUGAAAAGGAGAUGGAAGGAUUUGGCAUCAGACUCAACAAAUCACCUCCAAAUAUUACCUUCACACGAAAAGACAAAGGAGGAGUUUCAAUAACGCAUACCGUACCAUUAACAAAUAUUGAUGAGGAGAUGAUAAAGUCAAUUUGCCAUGAAUAUCGCAUAAGUAACGCUUCAUUUGUAAUUCGCUGUGACCCUACCGUUGAUGAUAUAAUUGACGUUAUUGAGGGGAACAGGAUUUACAUACCGUGUCUCUACGUUAUGAACAAGAUUGAUCAGAUUACAAUACCAGAACUUGAUAUUCUAUCUCAAGUUCCUCACUACGUACCAAUCUCAGCACAUCACGAGUGGAAUUUGGAUUGUCUGUUGGAGUCAAUUUGGAAGUAUUUGGAUCUGAUAAGGAUCUACACAAAGCCCAGAGGAAAGAUUCCGGACUAUGAAGCACCUGUUAUACUUAAGAGGAACCACUCAAGAGUUGAGGAUUUCUGUCUAAGAAUACAUAAAUCGCUUCUUACACAGUUCAAAUACGCUUUGGUUUGGGGGAAAUCAGCUAAACAUAACCCUCAAAAGGUUGGAAAGGAUCAUUUUCUGGCCGAUCAAGAUAUUGUACAAAUUGUUAAGAAAUAAUCUAAACCAUUUUCAAUAUAAUACUUUAAUAA